AUGGACCCAGUUUCAGCCAUUGGGCUCGCAGCAAGCAUUUUCGGUUGCAUCCAGGCAGGACAAAAGUUCAAUCAAUUUCUACACAGCGGGCUGGAAAUGAUCCACGAAAACGCAGAAUUACAGAAUAUCACCGAUGAGCUACGAAGAACGGUUCAGGGCCUUACCGCCGAUGGACCUUCAGAGUUGAAACUUAUCGCUAACAACUGCAACGCCCUAUGUCAAGAACUAUUGAGCUUGUUACAACGGCUGAAGAUGAAACGCGAUUCGACUCUAGAGCGUGGCAGGGUUUAUAUAUACGCGCUUUGGAAGAAAUCAGAUAUCACCUCCAUGGUAAAUAGGUUGGAAAGACACCGCUCUCAGUUGACUACAAGUUUUCUUCCGCAUUUUAAAGAUCAGCAGUCAGCGAUCAACCAAAAGCUAGACACGUUACAAAACGAUCUUAGGCAAUUUCAUCGUGCGCGGUCCGAAGAAUUCGCCGAAUACCGUUCAAGCUUGAUUAAACUUUUGGAAAUGUACAAUGGCAGCACUCAAGCUGGGGUUGACAUCGGUGGACAACUAGAUAUGGCUAGCGAACUCCAUGACCUAUUGCUAAAGUUCCCAAAGGUUUCGGUUGUCACAUUAUCAGACAGGAUUCUCAUGCCGCUUCGCUUUGAAGGCAUAUAUCGUCGCAAAGAUGAAAUCGGGGAUGCCACUAAAGGCACGUGCAUCUGGGCUUUAGAAGGUGCGACAGGAGAUCACCACCCGAACGAACGAUUGAGAGAGUCAAAGCAAUAUUUCACAUCGUGGCUUGAAUCAGGUAGUGGUGUGUUUCAUAUUUCUGGUAAAGCCGGUUGCGGGAAGUCGACGUUGAUGAAAUUUAUAUCAUCACACCCUAAAACUCAAGCCUAUCUCAAAAAAUGGGCAGGAACACGGAAGUUAUGUCUGGCUACAUUCUUCUUCAAUGGUUCCGGAAUUGACGAACAAAGAUCGCUCAUUGGCCUACUUCGUUCUAUCUUAUACAUCGUCUUAAAGGAAAACGAAGAUUUAGCGUUGAAGGUGUUUCCGGAAUAUUUUAACGAGAACCAACACACAUCGCGUGCUGAUCCUGCUGAAAUUACCAGGCCACAGAACAUUGAGAGAGCUUUCGAAACACUCAUAAACCAUGCUGGCGUGGAGGAAGGCUGUUGCCGUCUAUUUUUUCUCGUCGACGGCUUGGACGAGUACGAGGCUGAUAGUGAGAGUCAUUGGCAACUUGCCAGGAAACUCUGUAAAUGGGCCGACCAAAGUCAAGGAAAUGUUAAAUUUUGUGUUAGCUCCCGGCCGCACGUCCAAUAUGAGAGCACGUUCGGCCUAUCAGAACACCCGCAGCGGCAUCAAUUGCACCUUCACGAGCUCAACAGCUAUGACAUCGAGAAUCAUUGCCGCAGGAUGUUUAUAGAAGCUAUAGGCUCCACUGACCUUCCACGUCCUCAUUCUGACUUACAAGUGCACUCUCAAUAUCUCGUUCAAGAAAUCGUACAUCGUGCAGAGGGCGUGUUUAUUUGGGCCUAUCUUGUUGUUCGGAUCAUUAUUUCUGAGGCUAGGGUGCAAGGAAUGGCAAGAGACCUCAUGAAAAAACUAAAAGAACUCCCUAGGGACAUGGAUAAUCUCUAUGAGAAAAUGAUCGGGGCGCUUUCAUAUAUGGAUCGGAAGAUAGCACAUCGCAUCCUCUUUAUUGUGCUAACAAACCCCUUUAAAGAUGCCGUGAGUGCGCUAUGCUUGAGGUGGCUAGUCGACGAAGAUAAAUGGCGCGAAGCUCUCAAUCGAAAUACAUAUGACAGGAAGGAAGCCGAACAUGAUAUCGAAUACGUGAGAUUUCAUCUGGAUGGAUGGACUCGAGGUUUGGUUGAAAUGGUACCUAGCAGCAGCUAUAGAGACCUACUUCUCACAAACCGAGUCAAAUUGUUCCAUGGAACAGUCAAAGAAUAUCUGAUGCAACAAAGUCGACUCCAUCUGAUUCAAUCAGACUGUAGCGAAUAUCCAGUAUCUGACUUACAUACGCGCCUGCGAUUGGCUGAGUUAAAGGUUAUGAGCCAUAAUUCAUCUGAAGUUGACCGGGAGAUAUAUAAGUACGGCUUUGAGUUACUGGAUAUGAAAUUUAGCGAGCUACCGACCUAUAGUGGAGUUCGACUGGCUUCCUCGCGAAUUUCCUGGCCACACGCCAUGGAGCUCGCGGAAAUACUCCCGAGUUAUUGCAAAGGGUGUGUAUUUGGCCAUCUAAGUAUGGCAGUCCUAUCCAAAAAACACAAUAUCCGUCGAUCAGAUCGGACGUCACUACCUCAUCUUGCGGCUUUGCUUGGGCAGAGCUAUGAUGUCAUCUCGGCGCUCCAGAUAAAUGUUCCUGUAGAUCCAGAAUCAAACUCGAGGAGCAUCCUUCUAUCUGCAUGUUUAUCUAACGAAUACUUCAAGGCCUACCAAAUCGGUGAUAGGGCCGUAAGUCGUAAUAUUAUAAAGUCUCUCCUCAAAAGGGGGUUUUCUGCUAGGGAAAAGAUCAAACUUCAGGAUUCCCGAAGUUGCCAAUGGGCCGAUGUUUGGACAAUACUCGUAUGGAGGCUUGCCCUACAAAUUCUUUUUUCGGUAGAACGCAGUCAAAUCGAGUGUCAAAUCGAGGUUUUGCUCGAACUCCUAGAAAAUGAGGAGCAAGAAGAAACCCUAGUAUUAUUGGUAAACAACAUAGCACAAGCCUUUAGCUGGUUUAUAACACUUAAAGACCUACUCCUACAUUGCGUACAUCCAGAUACAAGUGCACAAAUCUUUCAUCGCUUGUCUUCUUGGCCAAACUAUGACCAUGAUAUACCUACCUGGGUAUUGGAUAGGUCUGGCAGAAUCGGAUGGCCUAUUGCAAAGAAGUUGACCAAGCCGCCAGGAGGGGAUAUCAAUGGGAUUCGUAUUUUUUCUACUUUCGCCAUUGUUACGAAGAGCGUAUUUCUUGAAGUGUACGGUUUUCCAUCUGUCCUAUUGUGGUAA